AUGGAGGAGGACUUGGCAGCUGCACUGGCCUUGUCCAUGGAGCCCAACCAGGCCAACCAGCAGGUUAGUCCGGCUGCCGCUGCAGUCGCGACCCUGCAGGCGAACACUGCAACGCUUGCAGAAGCGGGCUCCAUCGGUGUGCUGUCAACCCUGCUCAACAAUCUAGUGAAGAAUCCGGCUGAGGAGAAGUUUCGGAAGGUGAAACUCGCGAACCCAAAGAUCAGUAAGGCCUUGAGCUGUCCCGGUGCUGAAGACCUCCUCCUCGCUGCUGGCUUCAAGAAGACUGCAGAGCAUCUGGAGGUCCCUGCAGAGAGGCCAGCGGAGCAGGUGAAGGCCUCCGCGGAGGAGGUCCUCGAGGCCUUGGCCGCGCUCUGCGGCGACUUUCAGCUCUCCGCGGAGUUUCGGGCAGAAGGCGAGGUUCGGUGCGUGGUGGCGCUGAAAGGCGGCUCAGUGGCCUUCGCUGGAAUGGAUAACCUAGUUCACCUUUGUGAUCCGCCCAAUGCUGGAGUGAGGGUUCUGUCGGGGCACCAGCGCCGAGCUGGAGUUGACGGCGUGCUUGCUCUCUGCCGUGGCGACGACUCCGUGGACCUGGUCUCGGCGGGCCGCGACGGCUCCAUCAUCCUCUGGAGAAACGGGGAAGCCGUGGACACCCUGAAAGGUCACGGCGAGAACAUCCAGGGUACGAAUGUCCAUGUGGUGUCUGCGCUUGGUCGUACUUCAGAUGGCCAUCUGAUAUCAGGUGGCUGGGAUAAGACGGUGCGAGUGUGGAAGGGAAACCAGUUGCCAGUCAUCAUGACGGGCCAUGACAUCGCAAUUAACGCUGUUGCUGGCCUGGACACCGGAGACGUUGCAAGCGGAAGUGGCGAUCAGACCAUCGGCAUUUGGCGAGAUGGCCAGAAGCUUCGCAGCAUACCGGCGAAACAGGUGGUGCGCGCGCUUUGUGCCUGCAGUGGUGCACUGGUGGCAGCUGCUGGAAAUGAUGGUGUGGUGCGCCUCUGGGACACAGCGGCAGGCCAGGCUGUGGCUGAGCGACAGGUGGCCGAGUCCUAUGUGCUUGCUUUGUCGCGACGAGAGACCGGCGAGCUCGCUGCUGGGACCUCCGACGGCCAAGUCUUCAUCCUUGCACACGAAGGCACAUCCCUAUCCCAGAAGGGCAGCUUCCAAGUUUGCGCCGAGGUCUACGGCCUCGGCUUCCUCUCCAACGGUGACUUGGCCGUGGCCUGCGGCGACGGCAGCUGCAGCAUCUGGACUCGGAGCCCGGCACGCGCAGCGCCACAGGUGGUCAGGGAGGACUUCGGCGCACGUGCGGCGGCUCUCGCUGCAACGCGAGCACCAGCGAUGCCGAUGCCAGGCCAAGGUGGCGGCUGCAGUGGUAGUUUUGACUUCACCUUCCCGGUGGACUUCGGCUCACAGAAGUUCUCUCUAUCCUGGAAUCGGGGCGAAGAACCGAAAGUCGUCGCAGAGCGAUUCAUCAGGGAGAACCAGCUGGAUCCGCGUCACACAGGUGACGUCGUGGCGUUUGUGAUGCAGGCCAUGCAGGGCAGCCAGGGCAACGGUCCGAGUCCGGGCUAUGCAAAAGACUUCAACUUCCCUGUUGAAGUGGCAGACGGACGCCGCUUGACCAUAUCUUGGAACCGCGGUGAUAAUCCUCAGCAGGUUGCUUUGGACUUUGCAAAGCAGCAUGGCGGCAUCGGUGCUGCAGAGCUUCCGGACAUAGCAAAUUUCGUCCAGCAAGCGUCUGGCUCUGGACCUGCGAGCUUCCAGCAAGCUCCAGCUGCUCCAGCUGUAACGCCAGCGAUGCAGCAGCAGCUCGUGGAUCAGGUAACGUCCAUGGGCUUCCCAGAUGCGAUGGCGCGGAGUGCCCUGGAGGCAUCCAACUGGGACAUCGAGUCCGCGAUUUCCCGCCUGCUGGGAUAG